AUGGCUGCUGAUCAAGUCACCAUCAGCGAUGAGCCCAAGGGACCCAGCAUCACAGCCGAGGCAGCUGUCAAAGCCAUUAAGGCCGGACGAAACAAAGAUGUUGAUAUUGCUGCACAGAUAAUUAGCGACUAUGCGAAUCAAAUGGAUGGUGAAAGUUGGUCUGUUGAGGAAGAAAGGAAAUUGAUCCGCAGAAUUGAUUGGAGACUGAUUCCCACUCUCUUCGUUUGUGCUACUCUAUCAGGGCUUGAUAAAACUGCUAUUUCGGCAGCUGCCAUUUACAACAUCAAGACGGAUCUUAAUCUUACCGGGGAUCAGUAUUCAUGGCUUGGAUCAGCACCAUUUUUCGGUGGACUGGUAUUCAUGGGUCCUUUGGCCUACUGUUUGCAAAAGGUCCCGGCUGUGCCGUUCUUCGCUUUCAAUGUCCUCUGCUGGGGUAUCCUUGAAAUACUGACGUGGAUCUGCAGCAUCAUUCUUAAUGUGGUCGCUCCGAUUAUCAAUGGCUUUGUCGCUUGGGUUGUUGGGUAUUACAAUGGGCCAUUCGAAACAUGGAAGAUUAUUUUCCUUUUAGUCGGAGCUCUCACUGUCGUCACAUCUGUCGUGGUGUAUUUUGUACUGCCAAACAACCCGCUGGAAGCCAAGUUCCUUACCCCCCGGGAAAAGUACAUCGUCAUUCAGCGCAAAGCAGCCGAUAACACCGGCAUCGAGUCAAAGACCUUCAAGAUGGACCAAGUCUGGGAAGCUAUCUUUGACAUCAAGACAUGGCUGAUUUGGAUUGCCAUUGCUGCUUUGCAAGUACCAAAUGGCGGGUUGACAACAUUCAACACCCUUAUCAUCUCAAACCUUGGCUUCGAUUCCCUUCAGACCUCGCUUCUCGCUAUGCCUCCUGGUGCCAUGAGUACUCUGUCCGGAGUCGGUCUGUCUUAUCUGGCUGCUACUACAAGACGGUAUCGUACAGCUAUUGUGACAGCCUCUAUUCUUCUGCCCCUUCUUGGUGCGGUGCUGUGUUAUGCGUUGCCGCGAACGAACCUUGCUGGUCAGCUCGUUGGGCUAUACAUCUUAUAUACAUACUGGGCUCCCUAUAUCACCCUGGUCUCGGUAUACCAGGCCAACAUUGCAGGUCACACAAAGAAGAUUACACUAUAUGCCUGGUUCUAUAUUGCGUGGGCCACCGGAAACAUCAUUGGACCCCAAACAUUCCGAGCAGAUCAAGCCCCUGAAUAUACCGGUGGGACUGUGGCGAUGAUUGUCUGCUAUAUCAUUGCAAUGUUUGCUAUUACAGCGUAUGGCCUUGUCUGUUAUUUCAGCAAUAAGAAGCGCGAGGAUGCCAUUGACGGUCGCAUGGCUGCCGACCAUGACUGGCUGGAUAUAACGGAUAAAGAGAAUGAAGGUUUCAAAUAUACUACCUGA